GAAUAGUCAAACAUACAAACGCGGUUACCGGCUUGACUUAACGCCAAGGCAAUCACAACUACAUUACUAUAAAUCACACAUCUCUCCAACCUCACCAAACAAAACCAAAUAACCCAGAUCCACAACCUCAAAAACCACACAAACAAUCAUUAACAACAAAAUGAGUGAUCAAAGAAGCAUCGCAUGUUCGGCAUCAUUGAUGGUAGCCAUGGUGUUGAUAAUGAUGAUCAACACUACAGAGGCGCAAGACAACACUUCUUGCGCUAGUAAUUUAGUUCCGUGCGCUGAUUACUUGAAUUCUACCAAACCACCGAGCUCUUGCUGUGAUCCACUCAAGAAAACCGUUGAAACUCAACUCACUUGUCUCUGUAAUCUCUUCUAUUCUCCUGGUUUGCUUCAAACCCUUAACGUCAAUAAAACUCAGGCUCUUGAACUCGCCGGUAAGUGCGGUAUUUCCGGCGGUCUCUCCAGCUGCAAACAAGCUUCUGGGUCAGCUCCAGCUCCGACUUCCGGCGGGUCCCCACCGGCUAAAAGUGGUGGUGAAUCUGGUGAUAAAGGAGGUGCAGGCAGAGUCUCAUUCACUGGGUUUUCUUUUGUACUCUUAUUAGCAUCCAUGAUGUUCAAUUAGGAAACUUCUACUGUAUUUAAUUUGUCUAUGUAAUUCUAUACAUUUAUUGGCGACUGAGCUAGUAUUUCAUUGCGUGUACUUUUUUUUUCCAUUAUUUUUAGGCAAAAAAAAAAAACUUAUUUAGUGAAUGAAAGCACGUUAUUCUUGUCAAAUUCAAUUUGGAGACCUAUUCUGGUGCUUUUGGUUGCACCAUUUAUAUAUGUGAUGAUGUGGUUUCUUGUUCUAA